AUGCAUGAUGUGGACUAUCGAGAGUGUCUUAACACCAAGUUCCUCAACGAUAGGAAUGACAAACUAUUGUCGUCACAUAUGGAGAAGGACCAUCUACUCGUUUGGAGGAACAACCCUCCAUCAUUGAAGUCGCCAACCUUUAAAGCUGAGUCUGGGUUUAUGGAACCGGUGAAUCAUCUAAAUGACUGUGCGAUUCCGCCCUUUACUAAUCACAUGAUCGAACCAAGGAGUGGAGAGGCAGAUACCUUGGAAGUGAUGCCAGCCUGA